AUGCUCCCCAGCCCCGCCACCUCCACCUCCACCCCCUUCUCCGUCAAGGACAUCCUGAAACUGGAGCAGCAGCAGCAGCAGCAACGCCUCGGCGCCCCCCUCGAAGCGCCUUUCGCCCCCGCCGCUGCCUCCUGCCUGCUGAGCUGCCGCUUCUCCGACCGAGAGGAGGACGACGACGAGAGCGAGGAGCAGCAGCCCUUCUUGUCCCCCAUGGCCUCGACCAAGAGCCGAGCGGACGGGGGCUUCUCCCCCGGCGGCUACGUGCAGGCGGUGCUGCGGGGCACCUGCGAGCCCAAAGGCCCGGCAGAGGAGGCAGAGCCGGCGCAGGACUCGGGAACCGGUGAGUCCGGGAGGAAGCCCGCGGAGGCGUCGGCGUCGGAGCGUCCCAAGGCGCGCAGCCGGAGGAAGCCGCGGGUGCUCUUCUCCCAGGCGCAGGUCUUCGAGCUGGAGAGGCGCUUCCAGCAGCAGCGCUACCUUUCUGCCCCCGAGCGGGAGCUCUUGGCCGGCAGCCUCAAGCUCACCUCCACCCAGGUCAAGAUCUGGUUCCAGAACCGGCGCUACAAGUGCAAGCGGCAGCGGCAGGACAAGGCCCUGGAACUCGGCGGGCCGGCGUCGGGGGCGGCCCCGCAGCCACCGCCGGCCCCGCCGGCCCCACCGCCGCCGCCGCCCCGCAGAGUGGCCGUGCCGGUACUGGUGAGGGACGGCAAGCCCUGCCUGGGCGGCUCGCAGGCCUACAGCGCGCCCUACAACGCCCCGGCUGCCCCCUACACCUACAACGGCUUCCCUAACUACGCCUACAGCGCUUCCAGCGGCGCAGCCUACGGCGCCGGCUACAGCUGCAGCUACCCGGCGGGGAACAGCGUGGGGCCCUCGGUGCAGCCGUCGCCGGGGCCCUACGUCAACGUGGCCGGCUUCCCCGGCGGAGCUCAGCCCCUGCACCAGGGGGCCGCCGGCUCUUCCUGCACGCAGGGCAUCCGGGCCUGGUAG